AUGAUGCAACGGCUUUGCCCACCAAUGCUGGAACUGUCGGCCCCGAAGCACUCGGAUCAGUACGCAUCGGAGAAACGACUUCUUGACCACUAUUGUGAUACGGCUAGAAGGGCAGACCCACAACGGUGGAAGGUUCUCUGCGAACCUUACCUCACUGUUAGGACCGACCCUAUUCAUUUGGUACCUGGCUGCUGGGACCGCGAAGAUCUUUUCUCGCUACGUAAUACCUUGAUUAGAGUUGUGGCUCGUUGGGACGACAUAAGCCGCCGUGAGGAUCUAUGUCCGAUCAAUUUCACGAACGAGGAGCUACUAGAGCACCAAAGCGAGAUGGAACUUCUCGAAGGAAUUUCGGAUAUUAUGCAUCAGCUGCAAGAUGAAGGACUCAUUCCGUUGGGCGGGAUGGUACGUCCGGAAUACUAUGAACAUGCUAAAAAGGUGAAUAACAUAUUCAAGGAUAGAUUUGUUGAGUUGGCGGAGAACGAUGAGCGGAGGGAACUGCAUAGGAAAGUAUGGCCUUAUGAAGAGUUCGUUGACAUGGAUGUGUAA